AUUUAUCCCCACCGCCGCCGCCGCUGCCGCCGCUGCCGUUCUCAGGGGCUGCCAGAGCAUGGACUAUUAACAACUUGCAUUUCUGCAGUGUGAGGUAACAUUUUGACACCAAUAUGGGAAAGCAAAACAGCAAACUGCGCCCUGAAGUCAUGCAGGAUUUGCUAGAAAGUACAGACUUUACAGAACACGAGAUCCAGGAGUGGUACAAAGGCUUCUUGAGAGACUGUCCAAGCGGGCAUUUAUCGAUGGAGGAGUUUAAAAAAAUAUAUGGGAACUUUUUCCCUUAUGGGGACGCUUCUAAGUUUGCGGAACACGUAUUCCGCACUUUUGACGCCAAUGGAGAUGGAACAAUAGAUUUCAGAGAAUUCAUCAUAGCUUUGAGUGUAACGUCAAGAGGGAAACUGGAGCAAAAGCUGAAGUGGGCAUUCAGCAUGUACGACCUGGAUGGGAAUGGCUACAUCAGUAAGUCAGAGAUGCUGGAAAUCGUGCAGGCAAUCUAUAAGAUGGUUUCAUCUGUAAUGAAGAUGCCAGAAGAUGAGUCGACACCAGAGAAGAGGACAGAGAAGAUCUUCCGCCAGAUGGACACCAACCGUGAUGGAAAGCUCUCUCUGGAGGAGUUCAUCCGAGGCGCCAAGAGCGAUCCAUCCAUAGUCCGUCUCCUGCAGUGUGAUCCCAGCAGCGCCGGGCAGUUCUGAACCUGUUUUUGGAUGAAUUUCUGUAUCUGCUUUUUUUUUUCCUUGCCAAACAACAUUCAUGGUAGUGUUGCCUCUGUAUGGCCAAUUAUGCCUUCAUUUGUGGCAUCUUAUAGCUUCUUUUGUUGUGGAUUAAUUAUAAGAAUGCUGAAUUGCUCUUAACAAGUUGUCCAGAGCACGGGCAGUACUGUUUUAAACAGAUAUUGUGGUGUUAUAAUCGUUUUAAAGAUUUCAUUUUGGAUUUUUUUGUUUUAACGUGUUUGUUUUGGAAAGUACACGUUGAGAAGGAGUGAACCAACAACAAAGCCCUUGGCAGCAAGACACACUGACAGAUUUUAGAUUGCUGCUUUAGUCAUUGAGUAUUCACCCGCAGGACCCGAAGGUGUAGUAGAGGUUGAACUAAAGGGGUUGUGAUGGGUUGGGUAGGAUUCACCUGGAGCUCUUCCUCUCCUGUCCAGGAGGCACCAGUUGAGGUCAAGGACAGGACAGGGAGGAAGUAUGAAAGUGCAAAUCAUGUGCGGGGUGUAUUGCCUGCACCCCCACUCCAAUGCCUCAUUGUUUCAAUGCUGUGAACAUUUUCCAGGUUGUGAAGGAGAAGGGGCAAAAACAAAGGUUGACUUUUUUACUAGGUUUACAGUGGUUGACUUCACAUGGCUUUGAAAAUUCAGCAAUCUGCAAUCCUGAUCCCCAAAUCCACAACUGACGAUACCUCUUGCCAUUUGGGAUCAGCAAACACAGACACAGAAUAUGGAAAACUGGGUCUUGACAAUGAAUUUAAGGGAGAUACAUGUUGAAUGUGAAACUUUCAGGUUAGUAAUAAAGCAGUUUCUACUAAGGAGAGUGGGCAUUCAUGUGAGGAACUCACAGACACCUGCA